AUGCAGGCCUACACGGAGCUUGCGGCGCCAUCGGCUGUCUCGCAUUCUUUAGCGAUCUCGCUCACGUCGACGUCCGCGGAGAAUCUUGUUGUCGCAAAGGGUUCGCUAUUGCAGAUCUUCACGACAAACGAGAUUCCCACCGAAGGCGACAUCUCCGAAGAAUCUUCCGUAAAGCCCAGAUAUGAGCCUCGGGUCAAUGACGAUAAUAGCCUCGAAAGCUCGUUCCUCGGCGGGGAAGCGUCCAUCGUACGCACCGAUCGCUCACAGUGCACCAAGCUCAUGCUCGUAGCUGAAAUACCACUUGCUGGAACCGUCAUCGGACUGGCCAGGAUCAAGCUGAGCCAGUCGAGCUCGGGCGGCGAAGGACUUUUGAUCGCAUACAAGGCCGCGAAACUGGCGCUGACCGAGUGGGAUCCCGAGCAGCAAACCCUCGAAACGCUGUCUCUCCACUACUAUGAGAAAGACGAUCUCUCCACAGCGCCAUGGGAGCUGCCCCUUGGCGACUACGUGAACUAUCUUGCGUCUGACCCGGGCAGUCGCUGCGCCGCCUUCAAAUUUGGGUCACGAAAUCUCGCCAUCCUGCCCUUUCGACAAUCGAGCGAAGACCUCGAGAUGGACGACUGGGAUGAGGAUCUCGAUGGGCCCCGACCCGAAAAGAAGGAAGACAAGCAGGCAGUUGCGAAUGGAGAUAGUGCCAAUGAUGACCCAGCUUAUACACCAUCUUUUGUCCUGCGUCUGCCUUUGCUAGAUCCCAGCUUGUUGCAUCCAGUGCAUCUCUCUUUCUUGUACGAAUACCGCGAGCCAACUUUUGGUAUUCUUUCGGGAAGCAAGCCGCCCUCAGCAGCGCUAGGACUGAAGGACUAUCUGACGUACAAGGUGUUCACCCUUGACCUGCAGCAGAAAGCCUCGACUACGAUUCUGUCUGUGACAGAUCUUCCGAGGGAUCUGUGGAAGGUGAUCGCAUUACCGCCGCCGAUAGGAGGUGCGCUGCUGGUCGGAGAGAACGAGCUGAUCCACGUGGAUCAGAGUGGGAAGCCAAAUGGUGUGGCUGUGAACCCGAUGACAAAGGACGUCACAAACUUCAACAUGUCCGAUCAGUCGGACCUGGGACUGCGGCUCGAGGGAUGCUCCAUUGAGGUGCUGUCAAUUGAGCACGGGGAACUUCUGAUCAUCCUGAACGACGGCCGCUUCGCGCUCUUGACGUUCAAGAUUGACGGAAGAACGGUUUCUGGCAUCAACAUCAAGAAAAUUGCGAAAGAGUCUGGCGGCGACAUCGUCAAGUACGCUGCAUCCACCGUGACGAAGCUCCACAAGAACAGCCUGUUCGUGGGCAGCGAGGGCAACGACAGCAUAGUGCUGGGUUGGACACGGAAACAUGCGCAGGAGAAGCGCAGGAAGCCACGGUUGGUGGAAGACUUGGAAGUUGACGUGGAGGAUCUCGACUUGGAAGACGACGAAGAGGAUGACGAUCUCUACGGCAACGACUCAAGCGCGACAAAGCCUCAGGCCAACGGCACUGCGAAAUCUGGCGAACUGACAUUCCGGAUACAAGACAGCUUGCUGAGCUUGGGUCCGAUAUUGGAUGUUACGUGCGGAAAGCCUACCUUUGUGCCCGACAGCGAAGAAGCAACGCUCUCCAAAGGCGUCUCGUCGAAUCUGGAGCUGGCCUGUGCCGUCGGCAAGGGCCGCGCUGGAUCCAUUGCCGUCAUUCACCGAGAGAUUCAACCCAAGGUCAUUGGCCGCUUCGACUUUCCCGAGGCCCGCGGUUUCUGGACAAUGUGUGUUUCUAAACCAGUCGACAAAAACCCUGUCAAUGCAGCCGCUGCCGCCGCGGACACCACGGCACGAUAUGACAGGUUCAUGAUUGUUGCCAAGGUUGAUCUGGACGGGUAUGAGACGUCAGACGUGUACGCUCUGACGGCAGCAGGCUUUGAAAGCAUCAAAGACACAGAGUUCGAACCGGCAGCUGGUUUCACCGUGGAGGCGGGUGUGAUGGGGAGGAGGAGCAGGAUCAUCCAGGUGCUCAAGUCGGAGGUGAGAAGCUACGAUGGUAAUCUGGGGCUCGCGCAGAUUCUGCCAAUGCUGGAUGAGGAAACGGGGUCAGAACCCAGGGUUCUCAGCGCGAGCAUCGCUGAUCCUUACUUGCUGUUGAUUCGCGAUGAUGGGAGUGCUUGGGUCGCAUCCAUGGACAACAACAACGAGAUGGAGGAGAUGGAGAAACCAGAGGGAACGCUAGCGUCGACAAAGUGGGCAUCAGGGUGCCUGUACACCGACAGGACAGGUAUCUUCCAGGAGUCAGCGGAGAAAGGUUCGGAGAAGGUGAUGAUGUUUCUACUCGGCGCGGCUGGGGCAUUACAUGUCUACGCGCUCCCGGAUCUAACCAACCCCGUGUACACCACUGCCGGCCUCACUUACAUUCCACCGGUCCUCUCGGCGGACUGGACAGUCCGGAGAGGCAUGCCGCGCGAAUCCUUCUCGGAGAUCGUUGUUGCCGAUCUUGGUGAUCGCAUAUCCCGAAAACCAUAUCUGGUAGCUCGCCACUCCUCCGACGACCUGACUAUCUACGAACCGUUCCGUCACCAGUCGCCAUCAGAGACAUCUCUGGCAGCUACAUUGCACUUCAAAAAAUCGUCGAAUCCUGUUUUCGCCCGCGUUCCACCCAAGGUAGCGGCCGACGAUGAGGAUACCUCUCAAGCGGCUCGUUUCGUGCCUUUACGAACCUGCGCCAACAUCCACGGAUACAGCACAGUCUUUCUCCCAGGACCUUCGCCAAGUUUCCUGAUCAAGUCUAGCAAAAGUAUUCCCCACGUCAUUGGCCUGCAAGGCCAGGGCGUGCGAGGCAUGAGCCCUUUCCACACGGAGGGUUGCGAGCGCGGUUUCAUCUAUGCCGAUUCCUCGGGCGUCGCGCGCGUCACAGAGCUUCCAUCCAAGACUGAUUUUGCUCAGCUGGGAGUCUCCGUGAAGAAGAUACCUCUGGACGUCGAGGUUCGUCACCUCGCCUAUCACCGUCCUUCCGAAUCGUAUGUAGCAGGCUGUCUGAUACACGAGCCCUUUGAGCUCCCCCGCGAUGACGACUACCACAAGGAGUGGGCCAGAGAGACAGUUACUUUUGCGCCGACAAUGGCACGAGGUGUUGUCAAGCUCAUCAACCCUACGACAUGGACAUGCAUCAAUAAUUACGACCUGGAAGAGUGUGAGACAAUUGAGGCAAUGAAGGCUCUGCACCUCGAGGUGUCAGAGGAUACCCGCGAGAGAAAGAUGCUCAUUGCCGUAGGGUCGUCGUUGUCAAAGGGAGAGGACUUGCCGACCAAAGGACGAGUUCAAGUGUUGGACAUUGUGUCUGUCAUCCCAGAGCCUGGACGUCCCGAGACGAAUCGUCGCCUGAAGCCCAUCGCGAAAGAGGAUAUACCCCGCGGCGGCGUGACUGCCCUUAGCGAGAUUGGUACGCAAGGCCUGAUGCUGAUUGCGCAAGGUCAGAAGUGCAUGGUCCGUGGUCUCAAGGAGGAUGGCUCUCUGCUGCCGGUGGCGUUCCUGGAUAUGAAUUGCCAUGUUGCCAGUGCCAAGAGCCUGCCACGGACAGGACUUUGUCUACUAGCGGAUGCGUUCAAGGGCGUCUGGUUUGCUGGUUACACCGAGGAGCCAUAUACAUUCAAAGUCCUUGGCAAAAGCGGAAGUCGUGUGCCGAUUCUGAUCGCAGAUUUCCUGCCGCAAGGGGACGAUCUAAGCAUCAUAGCAGUCGACGCCGAUGGGGACCUGCAUGUGUUGGAGUUUAACCCGGAGCAUCCCAAGAGUUUGCAAGGCAACUUGCUCAUGCACAAGGCGACAUUUUCAGUGACGCCGAACACGCCCACAAACUCGAUGCUCCUUCCAUACACUGCGACUCACAGUUCGCCCUCUAUACCGUCCGCGGACCUACCGCCGCAUAUCCUCCUCAUGACUUCGCCGUCCGGUCAGAUUGCCACAAUGGUCCCUCUAACUGAGACACCUCAUCGGCGUCUCCUGUCUCUCACAAACCAGCUCCUCAGUACGUUGCCCAGCACUGUGGGCCUCAACAGCAAGGCGUACCGACAUGCGCAGGGCAAGACCAACGUGGGCGUGGAUUCGCAAGCCGGUCGUAGUGCCGCAGUAGUGGACGCCAGCGUCCUCGCAAGAUGGAGCGAUCUCGGCAGCGGCAAGAGAAGCGAGGUUGUCACCAAGGGAGGCUACGACGGCGUGAGUGAGAUGCGAGACGAGCUGAGGGGCGUCUUGGCAUGGGCAGGUUUGGCGUAUUUGUAG